GCCCCACAAUUGAAGAAAGCACAGCUAAUUAACAGGUCAUUAACAGGCACAGGAAUGGGGGUAGGCCAUCGAGAACCAUCUCAAGCAGCGGGGACCGAAAGAACAGGAGGAGAGAUUGACGCUACCUGAACAUGGGAGGAGUACCGUAACCAAGCCAAUUGGCAAGUCACCUGAAAACUUGUAGGGGGAGCUACAAUGACCCUGCUGUAACUUAAAUAGAGGACAGGUGUUUGAGCGGUUGAUUAUUCCGAGACACCACUGGCUUUCAGAUUUCACCAGAAAGAUGCAUUCCUUAUACCUGAUUACCGUCCUUGCUUGCUUGCUUCCUUCUGCUUUUGGCGAUGGAUCCAGUGUGGCCUGGUGCUACCAUCUACCCACAUGCAAUGACGCCACCUGGCCCACGAUUGUUACAGAUUACUGCAACGGAAGUCGUCAGUCUCCCAUUGACAUUAUUAGCGCUAAUAUUGAGGCUGAUUUAGGGGCUUUCACUUUCACCGGCUUUGAUGACAAUACUACCAUGUCCAAGAUCAAGAACACAGGCAAAACUGUGAAGAUCGAUUUUAAAACAGGGAAGCUGAGUGUAAGUGGAGGUGCCCUCUCUACCAGUUAUGACACCCUGCAGUUCCAUUUGCACUGGGGGAAUCAAAGUUCUAUCCCAGGCUCCGAGCACACCGUGGAUGGCAAGCGUUACCCCAUGGAGUUGCACAUUGUGAAUAUCAAAAGUACACACAAUGGGAACGUAUCUUUGGCUGUAGAAGACAGUGAAGGACUCGCUGCUCUUGGCUUCUUCAUUGAGGUUGACCCGGGCACAACUGACCAGCCAGAAAGCUGGAGGAGUCUUGCUUCUCAUCUUGCCAACAUCAUUGAAGAAGGCCAUUAUGUCAACAUCACCGGUAUCUCCAUGAAUGACUUAAUCAGCGGAGUGGACACUGCAUCGUACUACAGAUACCUUGGUUCUUUAACCACUCCCAACUGUAACGAGGCUGUGAUUUGGACAGUCUUUAAGGACACCGUCAAAGUCAGCCAAAAUUUGAUUGACCUCUUCAGUACUACCGUGCGGAUUGGAGACAGCAGCUCACCACUCAUGGUCAAUGUGUUCCGCAACGUGCAGCCCCUUAAUGGUAGAGAGGUUACAGCUACAACCGCUCCAUCAUCAAAGGCUACAACCACCUUCGCAACCAAAUCCCUAAUGGCUCUCGGACUUGCAGCGCUGUAUUCUAUCUUUCGCCUUGGCUAAGGAUCAGGGAGAGAGAUUGUGAUCUUACCAGAGGGCCUGGCUUCAGUCAGGUUGGAUAGGAAGGUUUACCUUUGGUGAAUCCGCCUGUGGGGUCGGAUGAAUUUCUCAGGAAUCUUUUCUAAAUUUGAAACAAGUAGCUAUUUUUCUCUGUACACGGCUCUUAAAAACCUGCUUAUUGAAAAUGGUGCUUUUUUUUACUAGACAUUUCUUUUUUCUACCAAACUCUGAGAUCAUACAUUUUAGUAGUAGAAAAGAUUUGUCAUUUCUACUCUGUUGACAGUAUGGCGUGCAUACAGGGCUGCCCUGCCCUCCAGUUUUCUCAGGCAUACAAGUGUGCGUGUAUUCUUGUUGACAUAGGCGUACGUGUAAAUGCAACAAACGUGCCAGUUAUCUUUUCAUAUAGUUCUUUAAUCAGCUCUAAUAUUCCAGCCUGUUUUCCUCUCUGGGUUUCAGUGAUCAAGGGGCCUGUGAUUCUGUAAUUUCCUUGUGGCACUACAUAAUUUAUACGUAUAACAAAGAUGAAGGAAAUGGUUGUCAGAAGUUUAUGUAUUUUGUCUGUACAUUUAUUUAAGACUGUUAAAUUAAAUGUCACAUGUGUUUAGAGGGCUAUUUUCAGCCCCUAAAUCAAGGUCAAUUUUAAUAAUGAUUUUAAUACUGUUUGCAGAGUUAAUGGGUGAGGGGUAAUGUUCAAUUUGAAGACACUUUUUUUUUUUUAAUUCUUGCCCACUGUUGUCCUUUGGCAUAAUGCAAACCCUCUUCCAUAGUGACCCCUAAUUGAAAAAAGCAGGUGUUAUAUCCCAGGUUUGUUACUUUAUAAGCCUUCUCUAAUGUCAAUAAAACAAAUUAUUAAAGAGCGACUAUUACAAACAAACGUGUCCUGGUUGUUAUGUUUGUGUGAGGGGAAGGGGAGGGGGAGAGAAGCAACAAAGUGUAAGGCAAGGACAAGACCAGUUUAUUUAUCUUCUAUCUAUCUCAUAGCCGAAGA